GGCCGCCGGCCUCGCCCAGCGACUCGGACGGCGCCUUCGACGAGCCCGAGCGCGGCGUCGCCUACGCGGGCGGCGCGCGGCCACAGGAGGGGGCGUUCGAGGCGUUCCAGCCGACGCAUCGGGUGUCGCCGCCCGAGCCAAGGAUCUCCAGGGCCUCCUGGAGGCCGGGCUGGGGGAGUCGAGCCCGACGGGCGGCGCCUCCCCGGUGAAGGCGGCAGGGCCGCCGAGGGACCUGAUGGACGAACUCGACGGCGGCGGCCCCGCGCCGCCUGCCGCCAGGGGCGCGCGGCCCAGCGAAGGCCCCGCCCCGCCGCCGCCGAAAGUGUUCGACCGCCAGCAGCUCGUGGCGGAGCGCGAGGCCGGAGAGCGGCAGAGAGUCGAGGAGGCCAACAGGAAGCACCUCGAGGCGAAGGCUGCCGAGGAGAAGCUGAAGAAGGACAAGGUCGACGAGGGCAACAGGCUGCACCAGGACGGGCUGGCCACCUGGGCGAAGACGGCCGACGGGACCACCUUCAAGGACAUCAAGGCGUUGCUGAGCACCGUGGACAAGGUCAUUUGGGAGAACUCUGGCUGGGAGCCGGUAUCGCUAGCGGACUUGCUGGAGCCUCCCAAGGUGAAGAAGGCGUACCGCAAGGACGCCAUCAUCAUGUGCCAUCCCGACAGGCAGCAGGAGUCCUCCGCCGAGGUGCAGGUUCGAGCGGAUCGGAUUUUCGAGGCCUUGAACGCAGCGUUCAAGAAUUCCACGUGAGGGCAGCGGCGCCCGUCGGAAGGCGGCGGCGCGGUAACGGAGAGCAGUGGCGAGGAAAACGGCUCGGGUCUUUUCGUGUGCUAGGUGAAAGCGGGCAUGUCCCUCUACAGGAGGAAAACUCAAGAGACAUGCCCGACCGGACGCCAGUGCAGUCGCAGGCUCAGGUGUGCAGAUGGUAUCUUUGCCAGGCUCAGUGCCCUCGCAGCUGCGGCUGGCCUCCUCGCUCCUCUCCCUGCCUCCCCCUCCUCCUCCUCCUCCU